AUGGAUUUUGUGGAGAAGAGGCUGCCGGCCUGGGAAGAAGGUUCCGACGAUGUAAUGAGCCCUCCAAGGCCCGUGAAGGUCAACCUUCCCAGUGGGCUAACGACAGGGAUUCGGAGCUCCCAGCUGCCCUCGCACGUAGAACUCCACGCGCUUGUGCCUGCAGAAGUCCGCCUGGGCACCACACAACUCAUGAUGGCCUUCCUACAAGAUGAAAAAUAUUCGUCUUGGAGACUGUUGUACAAUCGUGCCUGUGAAAUCAUCGAGAUCCGGAACAGAGAAAUGUCUGUUUCUCUUGAAGCGUGCUGUUCUCCCCCACCGAAUUCGAAUAAUUACGUUCCCCAAUACUCCAAGGGCAUGGUAGCGUGCUGCCUCGACCACCACGCACUUCAUGGCAGCAGCUCCCUCGAACUGGCUCAAAACACGUGCGAGAUCGAAUUAGAGGCAUCUCACGCUUUUCGUGAGUGGUUGGUGCAACAGGUGGGGACUUCUCUUGUCCAACCAGACUGCGUUGUGCGGGAAGCCAAGGUGGCGGACACGUACACUCUAAUGAUUAAAGAGAGGCUUCACAACGUAACAACGGCGCGUUCCGUGUACCUCGCAGCUCAAAAGGAAAUUCCUAACCCACCAUCUGAAGGCAUCCAAGAGGAAUGGAUGACACAUAGUGUUAGGGGAAUGGAUGACGCAUAG